GCCUUCGACUCAUACUUUCCACCACGCCCUCGUUCUUCCGUGAUUUGGCAGCAGCCAUCCCUUGCGUCGCCGUGAAUACCGCCCGCUCUUCCUUUCAAUCAUAUCCUUACUUGUUUAAGGGGCUUCUCGGCAUACUUCCAUAUAUCCUUGAUUUCUAUUAGCCGACGCCCAGAUUUCCGUUUGUGACUAGGCCCAAUUACUCGAAGAUCACUGAACAUUGAAAUCCAUCGAACUCGAUCAUAUUCGCCCUCAACGCCCUACUAUCCUCAGUCUGUGUGCGAAUCCGCCCGAAGAGAAUCAUUUUCGAACCCAUCGCGUCACUCAAGGGUGGAGUUGGUUUUCCUGUCCUGCACUGAACUCCGGACAUUUCAGAUCUUGGAUCUGACCACAAGCAUUUCAUGAUGUCGCACGCCGGCUAUUCGAUGCCCAAUCAAUACGGCGGCACCAAUGACGGUGUUGACCCCUCCGAACUGACCAUGCACAACAGUGGAUUCAUGCCAUAUAACUUUGGAUCCCAAAGCUUCAACUUCGGCGGCAACUCUGGAAUUGACACGGAUGAGUUGCUCGACUUGGAGAUUAAUGGACAGAAUGGCAUCCAGCGCGCUGAUAGCAUGAACUUCCUCCAGGAUCAGCACUCGAGCGCUGGGAUUUCGAUGAGUCACCCGAAUCAGAUGUCCCAGAUGUAUUCAAACACACCGGAUGGGGCUCCGAUGCAUAGCCCCUUCUUGCAUAACAGUUUCAAUUAUGACCACUUCCGAGCCAUGAAUCAGCAACAGCCGGGUGCGCAUAUGCAAAAUGCCGGCUCCCAUUUUGAGCAGAACUACAUCAAUACCAAGGGACGGCCCACUCUGCAGACCAUGGACCGUUCCGCGGAUGGCCGUAGCCCCAUGACACCGAAGACUCCUGCCUUGGCCGGUUUAACCCUGGGAACACCAGAGUCGGGCAGUUUCCCAACUGCGCAGCCCAUCAGGACUGGGUUGCACCCUCGACACCAAAAGACUCUUUCGAACCAGUGGGACGGAACCCCCGGAAGUGCUCAUUCAUUCGGAGUUGAAUCUCCCAUCUCAUCUCCUCCCAAUCCCCACCAUGUUGGAAUCUCCGAGAUCCUGAAAUCGGGCAAGCAUGCUUCCUUGCCGGCCAAGGUUGAUACACACAUGCCCGGAACUGCCCAGGAUUUGGAGUCACAGGAAGCCAAGCGACGUCGUCGGAGGGCCUCACAUAACCUGGUUGAGCGUCGCCGACGCGACAACAUCAACGAACGCAUCCAGGACCUGUCCCAUCUUGUUCCCCAGCAUCGGCUAGAGGAUGACAAAGUCCGGAAGCAACUUGUUAACAACACCGCCAUGUCUAGCACUGGAGCCAGCUCCAACGCAGCCACGUCAUUGUUGGCUGGUGGCAACGGUCGUCGCGCAGCUGGCAACAUUACCAUGGGGUUGCCGAUCGAGGAAAAGGAAAAGGGCCCGAACAAAGGCGACAUUCUGAACGGGGCCGUCGGCUGGAUGCGAGACCUCAUGUGGUCGCUCCAUGUGAAACUCCAACAGGAAGCCGAACUGGCGGAGUUGAUCAGCAGCCUGGGAGGCACUUGGCCUUUUGAGCAAACCGAAGAAGAGAAGCGCAUGCGCACGGAGAUCCUGGAUGCGCUGGAGAAGAAUGACCCCAGUUCGUUCAGCUACAGCCGGGCCCCGGGCAGUGGGCUGCGAGUGCCGAAGCAUACCAAUAUGGCCGGAGACCCUGUCGCGUCCAAUGGCGGGCUGAGUCCACAGAACUUGAGCCCCUCGUUCAACAGCGGGGCUAGUAGCAACAGUGGGACCGGCCAGGCCCAGUACUGGAGCAGCUCCGGCCACGCGGGGAUGAGCUUCAAGGAGGAAGAUGAGUACGCCAUGGAAAUGAACUAGACAUCUCCGAUGGUGUUGUGCCCAUCCGGGGUUCUAUGAGUGCAUGCCAUGCAUGACCCUAUUGCAUACACGGCGUCAUAUGGAGGGAGCGAUCCGGCGUACGCGGAAGUCUUGACAUACCCAGACUAAUUUUUCUGAUUCACUCACCC